UGAAAAGUGUCAGAGUUCUUAACCUUUGAAACUCAGAUCGAUGGUUGUGGUGUUAUGCUAAAGUGGAGUGACCCCUGAAAAAUGGCGAGCCCUCAGAGCAGCAGACUUCCUAAUUCAGUUCUGUCAUCUCCUCAGAGGAUGCACGUGAUCCAGGUGGACUCUGUGCAACGCUGGAUGGAGGACCUGCGUCACAUGACAGAGGCGGAGUGCAUGUGCAUUCUACAGUCAAAGCCCAUCAGCGUGGAUGAGGAUGUGCAGAGUGAGCUGAUUGUGGGUGGUGGUGGCAGCAGUGGCAGUGGUGGCGGCAGUAGCAGUGGAGAGCAGGUGGCCAGGGACAGCCUGCAGAUGCUGCUGAAGAGGGCCUUCAUAGUCAGCACUGAACUGGGCAAAAUGUUUCACCGGCUGGAGAGGGGCCGCUGGCAGCGCGUACACAGCACCGCCGUGCGGGCCAACUGCCACGUGCGCUCGCUGGUGCAUGAAUACAGCUCGGCCCGCAGCUGCCCCACCGACAUGCAGAAGUAUGAGAAGUCACUCCUGGAUAAAUGCAUGGAGCUGACCAACAUCACAGAGAGGUGUAUCCAUACUGACGAUGAGUACUUUCUGAAAUCAAUGAAAGAGGCAAUCCAUGAAAUACUGACAGAUGUCAGUGACUCUUUCAGCCAAAUGAUUGACAUGGCCUUGGCAAAUGAAGUACAGAUUCUGAUCAGGCAGAUCGAGUCGUCUGACAACGUGUACACCAUAGGAGGCGCCAUUAGCAGCCUGCUGUCUCUGACACAGGAUGGCCCCCAGCUGUGCAGCAUCAUCGCCAAGGAGGGGGCAGUGGUGGCCCUGUUCAAGAUCUGCAGGCAGGAUUGUUUCAGCUGUCUCUAUGCCCAUGCCCUCAGGACUGUGGCCUCCAUCUGCUGCGUCGAGGAGGGCAUCAAGCAGCUGGAGAAGGUGGAUGGGAUUCUGUGCCUGGCGGACAUACUGACGGAUGAGGGGAAUGCGGAGGCAGCACGGGCGGAGGCAGCAGCAGUGGUGGCCCAAAUCACGUCCCCCCACCACACCUUCACCCAGCACCUCAGCAGCUUCCUGGAGAGCAUGCAGGACAUUGUCACAGCGCUGAUCAAGCUCUGUGAGGAGGCCUCCUCAGGAGAAGUCUUCCUCCUGGCCUCUGCGGCCCUGGCCAACAUCACCUUCUUUGACACCAUGGCCUGUGAAAUCCUCCUGCAGCUCAAUGCCAUUCACAUCCUCUUCGAGGCCUGCCGGGACCGCCGCCGAGUGGACACACCCUACUCCAAGGACCAGGUUGUGACAAUACUGGCCAACAUCUCAGUCCUGGAGCAGGCAGCCUCAGAGGUUCUUCAGGAGAAGGGAAUUGAGCGGCUGCUGCUGCUUCUGAGUGAAAAGCCCUCCUCCUCCAGCCCAUCAGAGGGUGCUGCGUGCGAGCGGGUGCAGCAGAAAGCUGCUGUAACUCUGGCGCGACUCAGCAGAGAUCCUGAUGUUGCCCAGACUGCCAUCCAGCUCCAGACCAUUCCUCGUCUCAUAGAGCUUUGUCGCUCGCCUGCAGAGAGAAACAACAGUGACUCUGUGCUCGUUGCCUGUCUGGCAGCUCUGCGGAGGCUGGCAGCAGGGUGUCCUGACAGUAUCGAUGACGCUGACCACCAGCAGCUCAUAAAGCCAAGACUGGUGGACUCCUUCCUGCUCUGCUCCAACAUGGAGGAGAGCUUUGUGUAGAGAGAGCUCUCCCACAGU